UCAGCCUGCGGUGUUCUUGUGUAGAGUACCGAGUUUUGACUUCUUGGGCUGCUUAUAGCGCGGUACGGACACAGCUGCGUCACAUUAUGUCGACGCAUGUUGGAGAAGCGUGUGCUGAAGCCACUGACAAGUGUGAGAUUUCUAGACAGAUUGAAAUGGAUGUGACUAAAGUAAUCCAGAUUGCUGAUGAUAAUGAUGCAGACUUGUUAAAAAGCAGACUCCAAGGGUCUUUAGUGAAUGGUAAAACGUUAACCAACUCUAACUGUCUGGAGGAAGAGCACAGCACAAAUAUUGAUGAUGAAAUUGUAUCAGACUACAUGAACAAAGCCUCCCAGGAGGGAGAUCCAAGGAGAGAGGAGACUAAGCUGGAUUCAACUGGUGUGCAACAAGACCAAAAUAUUGCUAGAAACAAGGAGAAAACACUAGGUAAAGAAGUAUUACUUUUAAUGCAAGCUUUGAAUACACUUCGUAGUCCGGAGGAGAAACUAGCAGCUCUGUGCAAGAAAUAUGCUGACCUUCUGGAAGAGAGUCGGAAUUUUCAGAAGCAGAUGAAGAUACUGCAAAAAAAGCAAGCACAUGUGGUUAAGGAGAAGGUGCACUUACAGAGUGAGCACAGCAAGGCCAUCCUGGCACGCAGCAAGCUUGAAUCCCUAUGCCGUGAACUACAAAGACAUAACAAGACAUUAAAGGAAGACAAUCUUCAUCAAGCACGUGAAUAUGAGGAAGAGCGCAAGGAAGCAACUGCUCAUUUCCAGUUGACUCUGAAUGAAAUCCAGGCACAGAUGGAACAGCAUGAUGUAUAUAAUGCUAAACUUCGACAGGAGAAUGUAGAACUGGGAGAUAAGCUAAAGAAGCUUAUUGAACAAUAUGCAUUGAGGGAAGAGCUGCUAAACGAGGCAACAGAAACCAGACAAAAAUUUGAUGAACUUAAACAACAAGAGACCCAGUUAAAGCAGCAGCUUUCUCUGUACAUGGAUAAAUUUGAGGAGUUCCAAACAACAAUGGCAAAAAGCAAUGAACUUUUUACAACCUUUCGACAAGAAAUGGAGAAGAUGACUAAGAAGAUCAAGAAACUAGAAAAGGAAACAACUGUUUGGCGUACAAAGUGGGAAAAUAACAACAAGGCCUUGUUGCAGAUGGCUGAGGAGAAAACUGUACGUGACAAGGAAUACAAAGCACUACAGGUUAAAUUAGAACGUUUGGAGAAGCUCUGUAGAGCCCUUCAAGUAGAAAGGAAUGAGCUCAACAAGAAGAUGGAGGGUCUUCAAGAUCCUCUUCCUGUGCUGGAUGGUGAGGAACCUGAAGCAGGAGAUGUAUUAGAGAUGGGCUAUACAGCAGAAUCAACUGAAGAGAUGAGUGCAAUCACACAGCAAGAAUGUGGAAUUCAACCCAUAGCUGUACCACACUCAUCGGAGGACCAAAUACCAGCGGAAAAGACUCUCUUACAAGGGCCUACUUCUGGCAUUGAUUCUGUUGACUAAAGCAAUGUGUAAACACUGGUCAAAUAUUAAUGCAGAUACACAGGCAUAUAUAUACAUAUAUUUUUUGUGUAUAACUUUGUUGGUGGUAAUUCGUUGUGGCAAAUUUCUUACUUUUUCUACCAUAUAUGUAUUUUCUUAGGACUACUGGACAACAUGUGGUACAUAAAGCAUCCUAGCAACUUCA